UAUGCUGAAGCUAUUGCCUUAUUUCCCAAGAAUAUUUAGAUCUUCGCUAUCGAAAUAAAGUAGGUGAAAAAAGUGUUUGAUUGGCAGCCAAAAAUUAUCAACUUUUUGAUUAAUCAAUUUGAGUUCAGAAGCUCUUCUGUCUGUCUGAGAUUGAGGUUUUGCGAUUUCAAAGCUUUUAUAGAGGGAAAACAUGGCGCCCAAGACAAAGAAGCAUUCCAAGGCAAAGUCGAGGCUGUUAAACGCUGACCAGUCUGUGUCUCCUCGGACACCAAAUUUUGAAGUUGAAGCCACUGAGGAGGAUCUUUUCCGCGCUCUUGAAGAAGCUUCUUGCGAAUAUCCUGCUCUCAUUGCCAAAUCUGCUAUUAUUGCAAAAGUUGUUGAUGUUGAUGUCGAUCCCAAGCCCAAAAGCUGUAUGAUUUGGCUUUCAGAGAGUGCCAUGAUUGCAUCUUCCCUUGCCCCUUUGUCCAUCGUAUCGGUGUCACUUGCUUCUUCAACGAAGAACUUUUCAUCAAGCUUUCCACUUAGCUCAUUAGCAGAUGAAUGUGCUGCAUCUUUUGGGAUUGAUACAGUAGAGAAAACGGCUAAUGAAGUGGGGAGCUACUUUGCUCUUGCGACAGUUUAUCCUUCUAGUAAGGUUUUGAAGAAUGAAGUGCGAUUGUCUUCCAACCUUUCCUACACCAUGGGUUGUCCUACUUUAGGCAGUGUUGUGUUUGUUUACCCUAUAGAAAGCCAAUUUCCAUCCAGUCCUGUAAAUGGACAUGACACACCAAAUGGCACCAGAGUUGGCUCUUUUGCUCUAUACAACUGUAAGGAAUUGCAUCUAGAGCUGGUUCCUUCGAAGAAUGAGUCAACAUUGCCAAGUAAUAUGUUGUCUUCCAUGAACUUCCCUGCAGAAAAACCUCGUGAUCCAUUUGAAAUUGGAAUGGUUUCAUCCCCUAAAACUCCAUUGCAUCAGUCAAAACUUAGCUCUUCUAGUACUAGUCACACAACAUCACCAAUACGCGGAAAUUCAGUAUCAUGUUUACCAAAUCCAAGCAGUUCAUCUAUGGAUUCAUUUGAUAUUAAGGAGGUAAUAGGGUAUAAAAGUGCUAAGAAAGCUCUGCAUGCAUAUUUUCGUUUGUGGUUGUUUUCUCGUAAUCUGUUCUGUGGAAAUUUUGUCACCAUCCCGAUGUUUCCCGAGCUUUCUAUUUUUCGCGUGAUAGGUGCUAAACAAUUGUCAGCAAAGAGUAGUAGCCAUAAUUAUACGAAUGAGAAAAGUCAACAUUUGCUCUUUGAAGAUCCUGAGCUGGUGGACCAUGUGAACCAUGCUUUUGUUGUAAACCAAGAUACAGAAGUCUGUCUGCAUUUUCCAUCCAAUGUGUUGUCUGAAACUUCUCAAAAAGGAGGUUUCUCAGGUGUUGAACUUGAAUAUAAGGAUGUUAAAGCUAAUGUGGUGGACAAUACUUUGAAGUUGGGUGGUCUUUCUAAAGAAUAUGCAAUUUUGAAAGAUAUAAUAGUCUCCUCAUCAGUGAAGGACACUUUGUCGAGUUUUGGUUUACGAACUACAAAGGGAGUGCUUCUGCAUGGCCCUCCUGGCACGGGAAAGACUUCUUUAGCUCGGCUGUGUGCCCGUGAUGCUGGUGUCAGACUUUUCUCUGUGAAUGGACCUGAAAUUGUGAGUAAAUUUUAUGGAGAAAGUGAGAAAGCUUUGCUUGAAGUUUUUGAGUCAGCAAGCCAAGCAGCACCUGCCAUGGUAUUCAUCGAUGAGUUGGAUGCCAUUGCCCCUGCUCGGAAAGAUGGAGGUGAAGAGCUAUCUCAAAGAAUGGUUGCUACGUUGUUAAAUUUGAUGGAUGGGAUUAACAGAACUGAUGGAUUGAUUGUAAUUGCUGCAACCAAUAGGCCUGAUAGUAUUGAGCCUGCACUGAGACGACCUGGAAGACUAGACAGGGAAAUUGAAAUAGGUGUGCCAUCUCCAAAGCAGCGGUUAGAUAUAUUGCUUACUCUUCUUGGUGAAAUGGAACACUCUCUUUUAGACAUGCAAGUUGAACAUCUUGCUAUGGUCACACAUGGAUAUGUGGGUGCUGAUCUAGCUUCCCUAUGCAAUGAGGCAGCAUUGGUUUGUCUCAGGCGUUAUGUUAAAUUUAAAUAUUCUUGUCAUGAUUUGGUCUCCAGUUCAGCAUCUGUUGCAUGUGAAGGUUGUUCCGAUGUUAUAACCGAUGGAUCUGAUUGCUUAGAAGUUACAAGAGAUAUUUCAAGGGAUUAUGCAGAUUCAGCAACUUCUUCUGUUUCAAAUUUGUCUGUUUACUCAGAGAUUCGACCACCCUUUCCCUUGAAGGGCACUGUUCCAGAACAUGUAGAUCACAUCAUAGAUGGCUUUGAAGAAGAGUGUAUGUUAAGAGUAGCUUUUGAAGAUUUUGAAAAGGCCAGGAUCAAAGUGAGGCCCAGUGCCAUGCGGGAGGUAAUACUUGAGGUUCCAAAGGUCAAUUGGGAAGAUGUUGGCGGCCAAAGCGAGGUUAAAACUCAAUUAAUGGAAGCUGUGGAGUGGCCUCAAAAACACCAGGAUGCAUUCAAGCGUAUUGGAACUCGUCCCCCAACAGGGAUCUUGAUGUUUGGUCCUCCUGGUUGCAGCAAAACCCUCAUGGCACGUGCAGUAGCCUCUGAAGCAGGAUUGAAUUUCCUUUCCGUGAAGGGUCCAGAACUUUUCAGUAAAUGGGUUGGUGAAUCUGAGAAGGCUGUAAGAUCACUAUUCGCAAAAGCAAGGGCGAAUGCCCCAUCAAUUAUCUUUUUUGACGAAAUUGAUGGUCUUGCUGUCAUCCGUGGCAAGGAAAGUGAUGGGGUUUCAGUUUCUGAUAGGGUUAUGAGUCAGCUUCUUGUUGAACUGGAUGGUUUGCAUCAAAGAGUUGAUGUUACUGUUAUUGCUGCUACAAACCGACCAGACAAGAUUGAUCCUGCCCUUUUAAGACCAGGACGCUUUGACCGGCUGCUAUAUGUGGGGCCUCCAAAUAACGCUGACCGAGAAGAGAUAUUCCACAUCCAUUUACGCAAAAUUUCAUGUAGUUCUGACAUCAGCAUAAUGGAGCUGGCUAGUCUCACAGAAGGCUUCACUGGGGCUGAUAUAUCAUUGAUCUGCCGGGAGGCAGCUGUUGCAGCUAUUGAGGAGUGCCUUGAUGCUUCAGAAGUAACAAUGCAACAUUUAAAGACUGCAAUUAGACAAGUACAGCCAUCAGAAAUUCACUCUUGUGAAGAGCUAUCUGCAAAAUUUCAAAGGCUUGUUUGUUCUACUGCAACAGAACAUGAAUUAGUAUUUCAGCAGUAUUCUAGCAAAUCAAACUGGCUUCCCAUCUGGAACCUUGUAAAGUCUGUUGCACUCUUCCUUUAUCAAUUCCCAGCAGCCCUUUUACUCUCAAAGUCUGCUUCAAGUGUUUAGCCCAACUUUACUGCAGCUCAGUCAUCUGAAAGCACAAAGGAAGAGAAGACUACACAUUGUCCGAUUUCAAUCAAUAGGGUUUUUGAGGUGGUUAAGGCUAGGGAUUGUUUGGGGCUUCAAAAGGAAAAAUGACUAAUACAAUUACAACGUACGCAUCAUUUUGAUGAGGCUGGGAAGCUCCAAUUGCAGUCCGACUCAGCUUUCUGAUGGACCCCAGAUAUCCCCUUAUGAUAAUUUUGCAAUUUGGGGGUGGGGUGGGGGGGUUGUGGAUUACACGUGUCAUUAGAGCAUGAGGGGGUACCCCGUUGACCGGCUGUGGAAACCAUGACUGCAGAAAAGCACUUGGCAGAGGCAUAUCCUCAGACUUGAAUCUCCAUCGCCAGAAUUUCCAAAUUAUGACCUUUGUACAUAUAUAAUAGGAAAUUUUUUGUGCAUGAAAUUGACCUUCAACAGGAUGGAAAAAUGGGUUGGAUAAAUGAAGUCUCCUCAUAUUCUCCUA